CUUGGUUUUUCCACAAAUUUGUUAUCAACAUUGAUAAAAUAUUCAAUAAUGAAAUAGUCUGAUUUCCUCAAACUUUCAGCAGACAUUUAUUUAUAGAAAUUUAUAGAAAUUAAAAAUGUAUUCAAUUGAGUCUUUCGCAUCCAGUGCGAUGAAUGAUUACAAAAUUUUAUGUAAAAACUGGCUUUACGAACGUAGGUUAUUUUUACUAGUGCUGCAAAUAGUUAUAAUUGGAAUUUAUACUGUUGGUUUAAAAAUCAAAAAUACAACAAAAACAAGUAAAAAGAAGACAAAAAGCGUCACAGAUUCGCCUAUCUGUAAGCCAGUAGACAAUAUUUUCUGGUUGAACAAAAUUAUUGAAAAUAUUUGGACUAGCGACCGAAGAAAUAUAGAAUCGUGGAUAACCACUAAUUUGGCACCGCAUAUUCCAAGUUCAGUUCAAUUAGUUGAUUUUCAGGUAGGAAAUAAGCCUUUUAGCAUAGAAAAUAUAAAUGUCACAGCCGUACAAAAAAUUUCGAUGGUGGAUUUAACAAUUCGGUUUAGUGGAAACGGUUACUGCCAACUUGAAACUUGGUUCAUUUCUACUACAAUUAAAAAUAUAGAGCUUUAUGGAAACUUAAGAAUUAUCUUUCCUUCAACGAUUAAACAAAAAAUUUUCUGGAUACAUUUUUUAGAAUUACCGACGCUUGAUUUUCACGUAACAGGAAUCUCCGUCAUUGCAAAAAGUUUUAUAAAAAAUGAAAUUCUGGACACAAUUAAGCAGAAUUUUCUCUCACCAUACGAAAUCAUCUUAAACUAAACUAGAGAAAAUAAAACCAACUCAAAUCUGA